AUGCCCCAAGCGAAAAUCAAGGAAGUAGCACAAUACCAACCAGAGAAGAAACCCCUCUUCGAGGGCUUUCUUGGUAGUUUAUAUGGAGUCAGAAAAUUUAAUUUUUUCUUAGGGGCAACUGUGAAAUGUUUUUGGCUAGUUUUGGUUGUCGUAAGCGUAGUUGUGCCACGAAGGCUUUCAGAAAAUUAUAGACUGUUGCCAACUAUAAAAUAUCAAGAACAUAUUUAUUUUGACGUUGAAAACUUUUGUCGUUACACCAAAAUUAUAGAUUAUAUAAUUGAUGAGUAUUUUGGACAAAUUCCUGUUCUCUAUAUUGAAGCUUUAGCUUUAUCGACAACCGGAUUAAAGGUUUUUCUCGAUAAAGAGUUUCCAUUCUCCGUUCCCGGUUUAAUUCACGUGCGAAAUCAAGUUGUCCAGUAUAAGUCUUUAAGUUUUAACGAAAAACUCCUGGUUGAAACGAAGACAGCAGACACUGAAAUUAGAAGAGUUUCGCGAGGCAUUGAAUUUGAUUUAAAAAUAUGUGCUUAUGACAAACGAAACGUCUUAGUUUGGUCCGCUUUUUGUACUUUUUUGGCGAUAUACCAAAAUCAGAACAGAAAAAGAAAAAAUUUAAGUCGCUCUGAGAAGUGUUCAGAAAUAUCUUUCAAUCAUGUGGCGAGUAAAAAGAUAUUUCUAUCAUCGGACAUUGGGAGAAAGUAUGCCGCUAUUUCGGGGGACUAUAACCCCAUUCAUCUCCAUCCGUUUUUAGCAAAACUAUUUGGUUUUAAAUCCCACGUUGCUCACGGGCUUUAUACUGCUGCACUUUGUAUAAACGAGUGUCAGAAACUUGCCACAGACUUAAAUAUCAAAGACAAUACUUUUAAGUUUCCAUAUAAAGUAGAAGUUUUCUUCAAGAGACCUGCAUUUUUACCUAACGAGGUCACCAUUUCCAUUUCAAGAUUUCUCGAGGAAAGCGGAACCCCCAAAUUUCUCAGCCUCUUUUUUUCUAUGGCACAUAAUGAUAACGUACUGUUGGAGGGAAGCAUCCACCAUAUUGAGACCGAAGAUAAUUUAUAAAUUUUGAAGUAGUUAUUACUUCUUUUAACUAGUUUGCACUUUUGUAGCGGCUAGACCACUCUGAAUUAUAAUAUUCAAUUUUUUUAUAUAGUUUACAAUGUACGAAAAGUUAUAUAUGAUCAAAGAGAUCUUUUAAAAAAAUGAUUAUACAGGCCACUAACAGCAAAUAGCUUAAAGGUUUGUGAAGUAAAAACUUAAAUCAAGCUCUAG